AUGGACAACAUUGGGCAGCACUUCCUCGAACGUGCGAUAGAAUUGGUCAAAACUGGUUACAAGUUUGUAUUUGUGCUAGAUAACAUCGACUGGGAGGAGAAAGUACACAAUGUUAGAUCAGACAAUCAGAACAAGAGUGUGCACACAGUUGCUACAAGCAUUGUUUUUGAUCGUGUCCCCAUUGACAAUUUGCCUGAUGAUGGUCCACAGAGAGACUUAAAAACAUGCAAUGUUCGUGACAUAAUUUCAAUUAGUAAUGCAGAAUUGGAUGUGAUAAGAAGUCGAUGCAGGAUUCUUUUGGCAAGACUUCUCUUUGAACAACUACCAGAAUUCCGUGUUUUUGAAGCUCAUAUACCAAGUGUCACUUAUUGCAAGUAUUCUGAACAAACAUGCUUGAAGUCUGAAGUCAUCACCAUGCCAAUUCUGCUCAAAGAUGAGAUGAGAUCAAAGAUGAGAAAAACCAGCUUGAGAAUUGGACGUUCGAGAUCUAUUCUGCUGCUGGACUGUGCAAUGUGGUGUCCUCUUCCGAUGUGUUAA